UUUUCUUUUUAAUUCCAGGAAACAGUCAAAACCUCAUACAAUUUAUGAAACCCCAUAAGGACUCUGAUGUAAGACUCUGAUUUGUGGUGGCAAAGAUGAACUGGGUGUACCUACAAGCCCUGCUUGGUGGGGUAAGCAAAUACUCCACCGUGUUUGGCCGUGUCUGGUUAUCUGUGGUCUUCGUCUUCCGUAUCCUGGUGUUUGUGGUGGCUGUGCAGCAAGUCUGGGGUGAUGAAAACAAAGACUUCAUCUGCAACACGGCCCAGCCAGGUUGUAAUAAUGUCUGCUACGACCAAUAUUUCCCCAUCUCCCACAUCCGUCUAUGGGCUCUCCAGAUCAUUUUUGUCACUUGUCCAUCCCUUAUGGUGGUGGCUCACGUCAAGUAUCGUGAAAUGAAGGAUGAGAGGUUCACCACUUCCCACCAAGGCUCACACCUGUAUGCCAACCCAGGGAGGAAGCGUGGAGGCCUGUGGUAUACCUACAUAAUCAGCCUGGUGUUCAAAGCAGGCUUCGAUGCUGGCUUCCUCUAUAUUUUGUACUUAAUUUAUGGCUUUGACAUGCCAAGGGUUACCAAAUGCAAUCAGGAUCCAUGUCCAAAUACAGUGGAUUGCUUCAUCUCCCGUCCUACAGAGAAGAAAAUCUUCACCCUCUUUAUGGUGGUCUCCUCUGCUGUGUGCAUCUUCAUGUGUAUUUGUGAGAUGAUCUACCUAAUUUCAAAGAAAAUUCACAAGUGCUUGCUCAGGCAGCAUGAACUGAAAACUGUCACACAUUCCAAGUCAGUUUAUUCGAGGGUAGAUCCAACAGCCUCUUCCACCCAGAACCUCAACAACUUUCAAAAGGCAAAGGCUGCAGCAGAGGUGAAGGCCUGAACUUUGAUUGUGGAACUAUCAAGCAUAAUAAACAGUACUAAGACACAUUGAACACUGGAAAAUAAAGUAGAUAAUCCACAGUAAUCCACUACACCGAGCAAUAUUGCAUUUAGAAUAGCUUUCAAGGAGAAGACUUCAUGUGAAAAUAACUUUACUAGGACUAUUUCACCGUCUAUGACAAAGUUUUGACCAAAGAAUUUCCAUUACUUUCCCAUGACCUUUCCAGUCACUUAUGAUUACUGAAAUGAGGAUUCAAAUUCAUUAAAAUUCUGUCUGAUUUUCCAAUGAACUGAUUCAUUGAAAUGAACUGACUCCAAAGAAUGAUUCACUUACAUGCACUAUGGCUUGCAAGGAAAUUUCCACAGAAGAGCAGUAUAUAGCCAAUGUUAUAUUUUAGAGAACUAUUUGGUAGCAGUUUACAAUAAGGUUCUAUUUGUUAACAUUAUUUAAUGCAUAAGCUAUCACAAACUAACAAUGAACAAUAUUUUUAAACAGCAUUUGUUUGUCUUGGUUAAUGCUAUUUGAUAAAAAAAAAAUGUUGCUUGUUAGUUCAUGUCAGUGCAUUUACAUUAACUAAUGUCAACAUAUACUGUACAACUUUUAAUUUUAAAUUAAAAGUAAAUGUUGAAAUUAACAUUAACCAAGAUUAACAAAUGAUUUGAAAGUAUUGUUCAUUUUUAUUCACGUUAACUAACAAAUGUAGUUAACUAAUGUUAAUAAAUGGAACUUUAUUGUUAAGCCUUACAUUUAAUAUAUAGAAACGUACAUGACAAUACCUUGAUUUAUAAGAUUGUUAAUUUUCAAGACAUGCCUAAAAAACAAAUUUUUCAAAAUUCCUUGAUAUUUCAAGGUUUUCCAAGACUGGAGUCUGGGUAGCUCAGCAAGUGAAGACGCUGACUACCACACCUGGAGUCGCAAGUUCAAAUCUAGGGUGUGCUGAGUGACUCCAGUCAGGCUUCCUAAGCAACCAAUUGGCCCGGUUACUAGAGUCACUUUGGGUUAACCUCCUUGUAGUCACUAUAAUGUGGUUCUCGCUCUCAGUGGGGUGCGUGGUGAGUUGUGUGUGGAUGCCGCGGAGAAUAGUGUGAGCUCCACACACGCUAGGUCUCUGCAGUAACAUGGUCAACAAACCACGUGAUAAGAUGCGCGGAUUGACGGUCUCAGAUGUGGAGACAACUGAGAUUCGUCCUCCGCCAAACUGGAUUGAGGCGAGUCACUACGCCACCACGAGGACUUAGAGUGCAUUGGGAAUUGGGCAUUCCAAAUUGGGGAGAAAAGGAGAGAAAAUAAAUAAAAUAAAAAAAAUUAAAAAAACAAAUAAAAAAAAACCACCUUUUUCCAAGACUGUGGGAACCCUGAUUAUACUUCAAAAGUCACAAACCAUUCAAUUUACAAGUCAUGGGUGAUAUUCUUUAGUCUUCCUAACUAAAGGAGCACACUGUCCCCUAGUGUACAGAUGGUAAAACCCCUCGGAUAACAACAAGGUGGGAGGAGACAUCAGUAAGCAUCCUGGCCUAAUAAAUGAUUAAGUGUCCACACUUAUUAAUGUCUGAAGCUGUCCAUGAAACACUGAUCUGCAGCUACGGAACACUUAAGAAAUUCAAACACCCUUGAAAGCUGGACAGCACUCACCUUGGAAAGCCUUUAUAUUAUGCACUGUUUAUUAAUAUAUGUAUCUACAUGAUUUGCACAAAGACCCAUGAAUAACUUUACAGCUAUCAAUAUAUCCUAUGUAUAAACGCACGUUUUGGUUUUGGUUUUAUUUUGUACAUACUUAAAUAAAAGUACACACUAUUUGUCCCAUGUCAUGUUAGUUCGACUUCAGUUACGGCUCGAUAUUAUAUUAUAUUAUAUUAUAUUAUAUUAUAUUAUAUUAUAUUAUAUUAUAUUACAGCAGCAUAACAUCAAACAUUAUGUGUUCUAUGCUGGGGGUUUUCAAACUUUUUGGCAUCAUUGUCCCCCAGUUUUGAUGAUUGCCUUGCGAAGGACCCCCUUCCAAAAAAUAAAGCCAGCUAUUAAUUUUAAUGUAUAAAGUCCCAAUAAUACUGUGUGAGAAAAAUAUGAAUGAUGAUAUAAACAUAUUUUUUCAAAUUAAAUAAUUGUUUUUUAUAUUGUUAUUGCACUAAAGACAAAAAGAAAUAAGUAAAAUAUUAAAAUAUUUUCAUAAUAUUAUCAAAUAAGUUGACAGCAUAUAUUUUUUCUACACAACAUCACAGUAAUGUUAGAUGUAAAAACCAGAAGCGAAACAUUUUCAAUUCAAUUCAAAUGCAUUUUUUAUAGCACUUUUCACAAUACAUAUUGUUCCAAAGCAGUAAGUAAGCUAAAUGUGUUGAGGAGAAACUAAAAGAAUCUAUUCUCAAACGUAUGCAUGUUGCAAGGGAGCAGAUUAACAUUUUUUUUUUUUUUUUAAGAAAUAUUUUUCACAAAGCAAUAUGUAGAUUUGUUUUUAUUACUGUUAACAAUAUGUCUCAAUAGAAUCAUGACUAACCUCAUGAUUUUUUAUCAGUCUUUAGAAAGCAAAAUGAAACAGUAAUUGUGUCAAAUGUUAAACUUUUUUACUUAAUAAAAUAAAUAAAAUUGCACUCUUUUCUCUGAAAUUUUAUGUGAAACCCCUACCA